UUGGAAUUUCCAGGACAGAAGCGCCUCAGCCCAACCUUAACCUAUGUCGAUCCUUUAAACACGAUGAAUGCAGGAGAAACAAAGGGCUGAGGAUUUCUCUGCUCUCUCUGCCGACAGAGGUCAGUUUUAUGUGAGGUAAAGCAACAGGAACCAAAGUGAGGAUUUAUUAUUGGGACAGAGGUAAGAGGAGGGUGGAACAGUUCUAACAGGUGAAACAGGUUUGGAGAGAAGAGGCAACGUUUACGCCGGGCUCAAGGUUCAAGCAAACUCUCAGCUCGAAGACGGCCGUCAUGUUGAAGCGACUGGACAGGAUCCGGUUCAGGGGCCAGAGACGAGAUGAGCUGGCAGAGUCACCCAACACAUCGGACACAGAAGAGACAGAGGACACAGGGGACACAGAGGAGUUAAGUCCUGCAGUCUCUCAAGAUGACCCAAGGACAGAUCUGAAUGAGGUCCAAGAACUCCUAGAAAUUGCCCUGUUGGAGAAACACUUCUUAAAUGAGGAGCUGAGAAAACUUAAACAAGAGUCCAACGUGGAUUUACUGGAGCAGGAGCUAGAAAAGGAGCGCUGCAUGCGCCUCCAGCUGGAGCAGAAGAUCAACGACAUCUUGAAAUCUAGCCUUGAUGACUCAGCUUGUCAGACAUCUAAAGCUCCGCCUCCCGACACACCUGCAGGCAGCAGCACAGGUGAGCUCCGUGUCCUGACAUUCCUUUAUAAGCAUGUCGGGGUUUAUAUCGAAGACUUUCGUUUCCAGCCGGAGGAGACGACGGUAGAGACAGAGGAGCCACUCAGUGGCAGGAGGUUGACAGAAAACAUGAGACGACUAAAACGAGGAUACAGACCAGUGAGACAUUUCCUGCGGAACCUAUCUGCCUUAUCCAGCUGGUACUCUGCCUACACAUCAGCCGUUGUCUUCAUCGUCUACAUGUAUGCAGCGUGGCAUGGAUGGGCCAUACCGAUGUUCCUGUUUCUCGCCAUCCUCCGCCUUUCCUUAAAUUACCUCAUUGCCAGAGGCUGGAGGAUCCAGUGGAGCAUUGUACCUGAACUGGUGGAGUAUGUGGAGCCUCCUAAGGAAGACCGGACCAUGUCAGAGAAGUUCCAGCUGGUUCUGGUUGUCGCCCAGAAGGCCCAGAAUCUUUUUGGGAGGAUGGCCGACGUCCUGGAGAAGAUAAAGAAUUUGUUCAUGUGGGUUCAGCCAGAGUUAACUCAGAAGUUGUAUGUUGGACUGUGGGUGGCCUUCAUCGCUUCCUGCCUGCUGCCGUACGACCUGCUGGGAUUUAUUAUCGCUGUGUUCGCAGGUAUAAAGUUCUUCAUCAUCACCUUCAUCUUCAAGCGCUGCCCCAAGCUGAGACAGCGCUUUGACAGCCCCUACAUUAUCUGGACCAAUUUACCGACAGACCUGCAGGUGAAGGAGCGCGACAGCAUCGCUCUGAGCAGACGGGUUCCUGUGGGCGUCAGCCGGGACGAGGAUGGAGGACGAUACUACAGCACCAAGAGAGGAGCGUUUUAUGAAGUUUUCAACCUGCCAGAGAGUGAGCACCCACUGACAAUGUGUGAGAACGGCUGGCGCUGUUGCCUCAUCAACAGAGACAGGAAAACACUGACAGAAUACAUUCGUAACGGAGUCCUCUACAUCACUGAGAAUUAUCUGUGUUUCGAGAGCUCCAGCUCCAGAUCUGGAUCCACCAAGAGGAACAGAGUCUUCAAGCUGCUUGACAUCAAAGAAAUUCAGAAGCACAAAGUUUUGUCAGUGCUGCCUGGAUCUGGGAUGGGUAUUUCCAUCGCAAUAUCAUCCACUCUAAAGCCGUUGGUGUUUGGUGCCAUGAUUCACAGAGAUGAGGCGUUUGAAGCCAUCUCCACUCAGCACAACAAGAUUCUGGCCGUGGCUACAGACACCAGCCCAGAGACAGAGUAACACAGCUGACUCAUCUGUCUACUGUGAUCAAUACUACAAAAGUAUUGAUUGUAAUAACCGAUUUUAUAUCAAAGUAAAGAAGACCACGACCAAUCACUGCUGGUUUAGACAAAGGUCCCACUGAAGAGAACAGUGGACGUCAAGUCUGAGAAACUUGACUGAAAUGAUGAAAUGACCUGGAUUCUAAACAUAGCACCACUAACUAUUUUCUUUAGCAGACCUUUUCAGUCAGUUUUGAUUUCUCCUCAAUGACAUUUAUCAU